AUGAAUAAUAAUGAUUUUUCUGGCCAAACAUUCACAUGGGUGCUUGAGGAUCACCCUAACAUGAUAUCGACAGACCAUAACAAUAAAUGUACUCAACCACAACAGCAACAGGCAUUGCAGCCACAACCUGAGCCUUUUGCUUUAUCUGAUGCUGAUCUUUUCCAAUUCCUACUGGGUCAAGAAGCUCAACAAGCAGCUGAAACAACAAUAGGAUCUAUGCAUGAACAAAAUAACCAGGUUGCUUAUGCGAUGGAAGAAGACUCUUCCUCUUCAAGCGAGAUACCUAAAAAGAGAAAGCAGACAUCAAGCAAUAAACCACCUGCUUCUGCCACAAGUCGGUUGGACUUUAGACCCAUCAAUGACCAUGUUCCAGAAUCCCAACUUAAAGCUAUGAGCAGCAAGGAAAGACGCCAACUUCGAAAUAAAAUUUCUGCUCGUAAUUUCAGAAAUAGAAGAAAAGAAUAUGUUGGCAGCCUGGAAGAGCAGCUGAAUCAACAAAAAGCAGAAAAUAGCCAGUUGAAACUUGAACUCAAAUGGCUCAAGACAAAAGUAGAUAAGCUUCAAAAAGAAAACGACAAGUUGCGUGUUGAUAUGGUGCUUGGUGGCAUUGGUUUGCCUCCUACAACAGCAAACGCCCAACAACCUACGCCUAUCUUCGACAAUAUGCCACAUACCAACUCUCUCCUUCAUCCACCUUCUUCUUCCUCUUCCUCCUCUUCUUCAGAUGAAUCUACGCUGUCCUCUCCACCCAAUUUAUUCACUGAGUUCCCUGAUAAUUGGGACUUUGUAUUACCAGAGACCACCAAUACCAACACGGAUACUUAUUUAUCCCAUGCCUUGGUACCCCACUGGAACAUCAACCAGGUCUUAUCCAAAGAAACAUCAAAUGCUUUGUCCAGUAAUGCUUCAGCCAUGUUCCAGCAAUAUCCUCUCCUUGCCCCCGCCUUGAUGUCGAUUGUCUUGGCACACACCAUGACCAUGAGUACAAACGAACUCUUGGCCACUGCCAAAUUAAGCCCUUCGGCACUAUUGCCAGCAACCAAUCAUAUUCAGUACAAUGAAAAAGAUCCUUUUGCUGGUUCUACCAUAAUGACAGACAAAGAAGCGAAGGCUGUCUGGAACAUCUUGGAGCCGAUCACAUUAAUGAAGGAGAGAAAGCUUUAUCUUACUGGAGAAGAAAACAAGCAGGUUGAAGAAAAACAAGAAGAUACAUCUUCAGCAACCUCGACAACUAACUGCAAAUUUACCAAUGCUGCCAUCAAUACUUACAUUGCUAUGACUGCUUUCUGUCCUUUAGUCUCGCUUCAACAUAGACUUGGUCGAUUCCUUUGUGAGUUUGCUGCCACUCACUGUACAGUUACAGCUGCUGAUACACCACAACAAAGUAUGAUGGCAAACAAUCAGCCACAAGAAGAGGAUCCUAUAAACAAGAAAUUCAUCCUUUGCAGACAAUUCCAGAAAGCAAAGAGAUACAUUGCUGCAUGCCAUUAA